GAGUGUGAAUCAGCGAUCUGUACCCUACAGGGCGGUCAGAUCACAGGGGGGUCAUGGGAUUUAUUAGUAAUUAAAAGAUGGGUGUGGUCGACACAUGCUUCAUGCCCGGAUUUGAGGAUCCUCCUGCAAGCGCUCACCGCGUGAUCUGCUAGUCUGAUUCUCAAUGAUGAUAUAAAAAAAAAAAAAAACAGGAACCGUGUGGAAAGUGAGCGAGGGAGUAUAGCAACCUCCCAUUUCACUAAAAGCAAAUCCACUUGUACCAUCUUUGGCACAGAUAUCUUGGUUCAUUGCAGCUUUUUGCUAUUUUAAUGUCAUUAUAUGCUGUAUAGGGCACUUAGCAGAUCUUCCUCACUAAUUCAUUGUGGGUUUGGAGGCGUCUGUCCUUAUGAAGUGUCGGCAGGGGAGGGAGGAGGAAACCAGAGAGAGGAAGGAAGCGAGGAUAACGUCACGAGAAGCAGAAUCGGAGUAAAACGGACUCAACAGUGUUUAAUGGACAGUCUUUGAUGCGGGCCGGACACUGAGCUGCUUUUUCGGCCAAAUUUGUGUUUUUAUACGAGGAUGGUUCUGUGAACGUAUCAGGAGAGAAAAGAGGAGGUUGUUCGGAGAGGAAACGGCAGCCCAGCAGCAGAUUUCAUCUCUUUCAGGAGCUCCACUAAAGAAGAGAGAAAAUGGAAAUGUGUGGAGCCCUCCUCCGUUUGCCUGCUUGCUGAAGGAUUUGCCUCAAUCGUGACACAAGUGGACCACUUCUGCUGCAGCUCAUUUUUUAAUGACUGGAAAAGACAUAUAGAUCUAUCCUGCGUGGGAUUUUUCAGGGGGCUUUCGGUCCUUUUGACGGCGGAAAAGAAGCAGCAAAAUCAUCGGGAGAAUUAACAGGUGACUGCUGGGACUAAGUCAAAAUGAGUGAGCUGGAGCAGCUUCGUCAGGAGGCCGAGCAGCUGAGGAACCAGAUAAGAGAUGCCAGGAAAGCAUGUGGAGAUUCAACCCUGACACAGAUAACUGCUGGUCUGGAUCCUGUGGGGAGGAUUCAGAUGCGGACAAGACGCACCCUCAGGGGCCACCUUGCUAAGAUCUACGCCAUGCACUGGGGCACAGACUCAAGGCUUCUGGUUAGCGCCUCCCAGGAUGGAAAACUGAUCGUGUGGGACAGCUAUACCACUAACAAGAUCCAUGCCAUCCCUCUGCGCUCGUCCUGGGUGAUGACCUGCGCGUACGCUCCCUCUGGGAACUACGUAGCCUGCGGGGGCCUGGACAACAUCUGCUCCAUCUACUGCUUGAAGACACGUGAAGGCAACGUCAGGGUCAGCAGGGAACUACCUGGCCACACAGGUUACCUGUCAUGUUGCCGUUUCAUUGAUGACAAUCAAAUCAUCACAAGCUCCGGAGACACAACAUGUGCACUGUGGGACAUCGAGACAAGUCAGCAGACCACAGUCUUCUCCGGCCACAGCGGCGACGUCAUGAGUCUGUCCCUUUCGCCCGACUUCCGCACCUUCGUGUCGGGAGCCUGCGAUGCUUCGGUCAAACUGUGGGACAUCAGAGACAGCAUGUGCCGGCAGACCUUCUCGGGUCACGAGUCAGACAUCAACGCCGUCUGUUUCUUUCCCAACGGCAGCGCCUUCGCCACAGGCUCCGACGACGCCACCUGCAGGCUGUUUGACCUGCGUGCAGACCAGGAGCUCAGCCUCUAUUGCCAUGACAACAUCAUCUGUGGUAUUACCUCCGUGGCUUUCUCGCGCUCUGGCCGCCUGUUGCUGGCUGGUUACGAUGACUUCAACUGCAACAUCUGGGACUCCAUGAAGGGAGACCGAGCAGGAGUCCUGGCCGGCCAUGACAAUCGUGUGAGCUGUCUGGGUGUGACGGAUGACGGCAUGGCGGUGAGCACCGGGUCCUGGGACAGCUUCCUCAAGAUCUGGAAUUGAGCCAUGCACAUAAAACGCGAACGCACACACAGACACAGACACACAGACACACAGACACACACACACACACACACACACACAAACAUGCACGCACAUGUCCGACAAACAGGCACCACUCCCCCGGCUUGGGACACAGUUUGCAUCCUGUAUUCACUGUAUGUAAGAUUCAAACUGCAACAUUUUACUGUACAUAAUAUGUAUGACUUAGGUAUGAGUUUACACACAAACACACACAUACACACACACACACACACACAGACACAUGCACACAUAUAAAUAUACACACACACACACACACACACACACACACACACACACACACACACACACUCAUGCACACAGAAACACAUCACACUGUACGCAGAACAUGCCCUGAACACAUGUCACAAUUCCUUCAGCUGAUUAGGUGCACAGCAGCAAGGAGAUAGUCUCUCUCUCUCACACACAGACUUGAGUUGUCACACACAUAAACACACACACACAGGCACACCACACACACUUGUAAAAUGUAAAAAAGCGACCAAAUAAAGUUGGAUUAUCAGCUGCUCAUAUAAAAACACACGCCACUUUUUACCUAAAGCCUUUUAACAUAUGUAACAUGCCCCAUUCACACACACACACACACACACACACACACACACACACACACACACACACACACACACACACACACACACACACACACACACACACACACACAUACAAACACCCACGCACACACAUACUUUUUGUUUUCCUGAGAGACACUUCUCCUCGAGUUAAACAGGGGAGAGACAUAAUAGGACAACUCUGUCUUUGUUUACAAUGAAGUCUAAAAUGCACUUCAGACAAAAUUUUUCCUGCAUAUUUUUCUUGGUACCCCACGUAUUUCAGUGACGCUAAUGUGAAGGAAGAACAGUUGUUGUGGUGGUGGCAGGGAAUCAUGUGAUUCUGUGAAUACUGAAACAAAACAACCACUGACAGAUGAGCCGGGCCAACGAGCCGCAGAGUCCGAGGAAAAUAUCAGCUCCUGUUUUAAACCGGCUCCAAACGUCAUAGCGUCAGUGUUUUUAUAGAUAUAUACCCCCAACAUACAGUACAGUACAUCUGCUCUUCAGUUUUUCUUUUCUACUUAUUUUAUUCAUGUUUUCCCUGUGUGCCUCAGAUACACUUUAAGGAUUAUUAAUAGAGAAUAUUGAGGACGUUAAGUUAAGGAGAAAAAGGAUAAGAAGAAUGGAGAUUAAGAUUAAGAAGUUAGGUGAAAAUAAAAGCAUUGUAAGACGCAUCUUAAUAAAGCAGGAGCCAGUAUUCAUACUUUGACUUUGUCACUGUAUUGUCUGGACAUUAUGAUGGUAUAAUUGUACAUAAUAUUAAUAAAGGAUAGCCUCUCCUGCCAGUCA